GACCGGACGAUACAGCAGGGGGACAACCAUUCAAUCCACGGAAAAGCAACGGCGGAUAUGCAUGUGCGGUUGGGUCUUAUCAUGCGCUGUUGAGUAAAAGGUGACGGAGAAUGAUCGGUUCAUAAUCGUCUGAACACAGUGGGUGAAUACUUUUGCAGGCCCAUCAUUAGGCUGGAUGCACACGAAUUCGCAUUAAGUUAUUAAAGCUACGGACAAACAGGAAACGGUGCUUUCGGACGGUGACGGAUAGUUUCGUGUGCGGUUAAGGCAGUGAAGAGAAAGCAGUCCCCUAACAGGUGACAGUUACCAUUCGUCUAGCGGCGACUACACAACGCAACGCAGCACGGAAGAAAGAAUGAAGUCAACAGUAAGACUCACAAUAGCGAACCUGUGCGUGACGGCUAUCUGGUUGCUGUCGGUUGGUCCAUCACGGGGCGAUGAGUGUGUCAAUAUGAAGCGUGAUCGACACCGAACGAUCAUGGAGGAGUACCGCCAUUCGCCCAACUGGAAUGGCUACCUUACGGAGGACACGCUCAACCUUCGCAACAACGAAACGGAGGUGGAUCUCUCGCGACAAGGCUUCAAGGAGGUGCACUGGCAUUUGAGCAGCUUCGUCGGGGAAGGGUACGAGAUAUUUGAGCUGAAUCUAGCGUUCAACAACUUUGAGGAACUGAACGAGCUGACGUUCCUAAAGUUCUACUCGCUGGAAACGCUCAACCUCUCCAACAACCGGUUGGAGUCGGUCAACAACCUUACGUUUGGUUCGUUGAUACGUCUGGUCGAGCUGGAUCUGUCCUUUAACCUGAUCCACACACUCGAACGGCAAGCUUUCGAUCGGCUGUACGCGCUCGAAUCAUUGAGCCUGCGGGAGAACUGUUUGAUUACCCUAGCACCCAACCAAUUCCACUUCAACGAUCAUCUGUCAUCGGUGCUGUUGGAUCACAAUCAGCUGUCGUUCCUACCGUCGGUGCUGUUCGAUCCGAUCACGAUGGUUGACGAGGUGUACGAGUUCGAUCUGUCGGACAACAAUUUUCGCCGGAUGCCGUACAUCGAGACGAAGGAGAUCGCACUGCUGAAGAUCGACAACAACCACAUCGAAACGCUCACGGUUAACAAAUCGUUCAAUGUGCGUGCACUGCAGAUUCAACACAACAACAUAUACGACGCGGAUCUUUUCAAGUUUAACCGAGCCGAACACAUCGAUCUGUCGCACAACAACCUGGACAACAUUGUCGGUCUUCAUGAGAUGAACCAGCUCGAAUAUCUUGACCUAUCGUCGAACAACGUGUCCAAGUUCGACUAUAACCUAAAGUACUCGAUCCGGAACAUACCGAGCCUGGUGACGUUGCGGCUACAGAACUGUAGCCUUAGCGAGCACAACAUCCAGGGUUUGCUCGCGUCGGACUCGAUCCUCAAUCUCGAUCUUUCACAGAACAACUUUGUGCGUUUGAAUGUGAGUGAACUAUCGCGGAUGCGCUCGCUGCAGUAUCUCAGCCUGAACUUCAACUACCUACGGGAGCUGAUCAGCUACGAGCGGUUGGGCCAAGAGUUCCCGUACCUCGAGCUAGUCUCGCUCUCGUUUAACCGCUGGAACUGCACAUACUACGAUCAGCUGAACGCGUUCCUGAACCGCACGCACAUCCGUUCGACGAGUGAUCCACGUGAUUGCUACAUCAACGGUACGCACGUGACCGAUUCCUACGUUACGGAUACGUUCGAGCCCCAGUACACGAUCAACCACAUCAAGCGGGACAUGACCGUUUUGCGCAAUCUUGGCCGCAAUACGAUCUAUUUCAUGUACGCGCUGUACUCGUCGAUCCGAGGACAGGGCAAUCAGACCGUUGUGCACCAGCAGCAGCAGGACGAGGAGCUGCGUAACCUAGAACGGGACGUGGACCGAUUGCUUGGCAUGCUUGCAUUUCUGGUUGCCAUCUUUGCUAGCGUACUGUGCGUAGCCGUCGCCUACGGUGGAUGGCGGUUGUUCCGCAGGUGGCAACAUGACCGGGCGGUGAAAGUGGUGACGUACAAUAAGCGGGCGAAUGAGUUCAGCAAUGGAGUCACGGUUAGCGAUGUUAUUCGUGACAACUCAGCAGCAUAAAGAUGUACCGGUUUACGGAAAUAGCAACCUACAUGAAUAGUGAUUGUUAUUAUUCUGAUCGAAACGGGAAUUUCCCGUAUUCUAAAGAAUUUGUACGUACCAAAACAUAUCUAUAUGCAUACACACAGCUAAUAAGAUGGGUGCUGAUGAUCUUCAGUGUAGAUCAUCUUCCUGGGUAUCCUUUGAAAUAUCCUUCCAGCCUUCAGAUACAACGAUCGUGGAUCUUCCGAUGCUGAUAUCGAUGCUAAUCGUACGCGGUGAGGACAUCCGAACAUUAUCGCACAUCUCGAUUGCAGGUUGUACGGUGCGGUGAAAACUAAAAUUGGCAUAAAAACUAAACAAAAUGAUAAGUGGCCUAUUGUGGCUUCAUCAAAUCUAGUUACCAAAAAUAAAAGAUAUUGCUGACAUGUCCAAUAAACGUAAGAAUUUAAU